AUGGCACCACCUCCUUCAGCUCCCUUGCAAACACUUCAAUUUGCUUGGUUCUUUGGUCAUGUUUCAACCAUUUUGGGCACUGCAUUAUACGCCUUUUCUGUGCUCACCUUCAACUCCAAACCUUUCUUUUAUAAAUACGCUUUCUUUGGCGCUGUACUGUCUUAUGGUGUAGUCAUCUACAAAUCUCAUGGGACACCUCAACCAAGUGGAGAAUAUAUGCGAAAAUUAGUCAUGGAUGAAAAUGCGCAAUACUUUAUUCUUGCAUUGUAUUGGUUUAUGAGCAACCCUAUUUCUGUCACAUUGGUUCCUUUCUUUACAUUUUCUGCCUUCCAUGCUCUUGGAUACGUUCGUAACAAUAUCAUUCCUAAUGUAUUUCCCACCGCGGCAAGAACCAAUGGAGAUGCCCCAGCUACUUGGCAAGCUAAAGCUCAGCAGGGAAUUAAGACUUGGACAGACAAGUACUACAGUACUGCUAUGCGUUUUGUUGCUCAUUCAGAAGUAACCAUCAUUGCUCCUCGUUUAAUUUUGGGAUUAUUCCGCUUAAAUUUUGUUCCUCUGUUCUUGUUUGCUCAAUUCCUUCGUUUCCGCUACCAUUUGUCUUCCUACACUCGCCAAGCUUUUACAGAGCUUCGUAUCAAGUGUGAUAAGUUACUGCUUCCUCCUAAUGCUGACCCUCGUAUUCCUCCAGGCAUCACAAAUGCUUAUAACUUGGUCAAGCAUUGGAUCACACGAUUUGGUGAAGCUGGUGUUCAACGUCAGCCUGCCGCAGCUCAAUAG